AUGCGUGAGCAGAAAACUGCAAUACAAGGUAACGCUCUGAAAGACGUUCGACGAUUUCGCAAUGGCCAACGAAUAGAUCCACAGCGAAAUCAAGUUGCUAGGCCACUGAUACGCGGUCGACCAUCUGCAAUUGUCGACCAGCUUGUUUUCGCAGCCCUCGUCUUGCGGAGCAGGCCAUCGAUGGUGCGCACCACCGGUCCACUCACCACAUCGUGGCCGUCGUCUCGGAGUUACGCCGUCUAUCGUAAAUUGCGCCGCACGAUAUCCUCCAUGGUGCGACGCCUCAGCAACUGGGGGACCGCCUCGUUGAGUCGCCUCCGGCGAUGCUGCAGAAACCUUGGCGAAUGUCUCCGCGAGCGUUUAUCCGUAAAUACGGUCUCACGUCCGCAUCCUCCUCCUCUUCCUGCUCCAGCUCCUCCUGCUCCUGCGACGGCUGCUCGAAUAUGCUCACAAACGCAACUGCUGGCUGCUGGUCAACUUCUACGUUGUCGGCGCUCAUAA